AAAUGUACAGAAAAACCAUAAAACGUCUUGUUGCUGCCGGUAGCGGGCCGUUUGAUCCCUAUAAAAUACUGGGGAUUAGCCCUUCAGCCUCCAAAGAUGAAAUCAAGCGAGCGUAUCAUCGAUUAGCGCUUCGGUAUCAUCCGGAUGGCGGCCCAGAGGGCAAUGCUGAGCGCUUUGCUGCCGUCCAUGAAGCGUACGAGGCAGUGAAAAGUGGCCAAUGGAAGCCGAUAGCGGAGCAAAUGCGAACGACAACCCAAGGAGAAGCUUACGGAUGGGAUCCUGGGAUGAGGAUGUACGUCUACGAAAAGCCUGGCUCUACCACCGAAAACUACGUUUCCGGGCAUACGCAGACAAUCCUCAGACUUUGCAUGGUGUGGUGCUUUCUUUUUUUUGUGGUUCGCAUUUCCUUGUUUUAUGUUUUCCCUAAUCAUACUAAUAACAAUGGUGAUCAAAUAUUAAAUGACUUGCACGCGGAUCGCACCUGUGCGUCACGUGUCUCUGUUAGUGGUGACUCUAUCCAUGAUGAUGAAGCUGAAUUCAAGUGGGCUGUAGGUAUGCACGGGGAUACUGGCCCUCAACCUGCCAACUUUGUUGAUUCUCUUCCACGUAGGACUUGAAAGACGGUGAUGGGGUGUA